AUGGCCACUACUGCAAUGGACUACGAAACCGCUAACGGCGACCGAUUUGAUGAUGAUGGUCCCCGUUACGAGCGUGAUCAGCGAAGUGCGUCUCCCCGAGCAUCCCGUGAUGACGGAAUUGAGACGUCGCGCCGUCGCUCUGCUUCUCCCGCUGCCAACCAAGAUCGUGCCCCCAAAGAGGAAAAUGGCAAUAAGGACGAGGAUGGUUCUGUUAACCCUGGAUCUAACCUCUUCGUGACUGGAAUCCAUCCCAGGUUGACCGAAGCCGAGGUCACCCGCCUUUUCGAGAAGUAUGGCGAGGUUGAGAAGUGUCAGAUCAUGAAGGACCCUCACACCAAGGAGUCCCGCGGCUUUGGCUUUGUUAAGAUGGUUACAUCUGAUCAAGCCGAUGCAGCUAAGGAUGGAUUGCAGGGAGAGGAAAUUGAGGGACGAACCCUCAGCAUUGAGAAGGCUCGUCGCGCCCGCCCUCGCACUCCUACUCCUGGCAAGUACUUCGGUCCUCCGAAGCGAGAGGGCCGCCCUCGGUUUGAAGAGCGACGCCGUGGAGGUGGCUACGGUGGUGGUUAUGGCGGACGUGACGAUCCGUACCGCUACCGAGGCUAUGAUCGACCUCGCUACGAGGAUCGUGGCGAUCGCGGCGACCGCGGUUACCGCGAGGACCGUGGAUAUGAUCGCAGCUACCGUGAUGCUCGAGGUGGCGGCGGCUAUAGUGGCGGCCGAGAGGAUCGCGGAUACGACCGCGGCUAUGAUCGUAACUACGGUAGGGAAGAUCGACGUGAGCGUGGUGGUGGAGGCGGCGCUGCUGCUGCUGGCGGCAGUAGCAGCGGAGGUGGUGCCGGUGCUGGUGAGGAGGGAUAUGGACGAAUUGACCGCUAUGCUGGUGGUCGUGAGGAGCGAGACCGCUACGGACCUCGAGGUGGAGAUGAACGACGUGGCCCUGGCUACGAACGUGAACGCUUCGACCGUCCCGACCGCGAUGGCGGUGCCCGAGCUCGCGAUCCCGCCGCAUCCGGCUAUGGCGACUCUGCAGCUCGACCCGAGGCCCGCGAAACUUACGGAGACUGGGCCGGGGAAAAAUGGAUAUCUAAACGUGGUCAGAAAAGGAAGGAGAGGGCAGAACGGAGAAGACAGCGUGGUCGUGCGGCGCAAGAUGCUCGCGAACGCACGAGAAGGAAGUACUUGGGGCUAGAUGUACCGCCUUCGCCUUCGCUAUCCGACGCUCAAAAAGAUGUCAACAGCAAGAUCGACAGGAAAAUAGCGUCCUAUCGAAGCCGCAUCAAGCGAACCUCAGUCCAGCUACUUGUCGCCGCUACAGCCGGCCAUCAGUACUCCAAGACAACUUCAGCAGCUGGGCAAGGCCACCCCGACGUUCGUGGCCAGUCAAGUUCUUCCAACGAGAUGGUCGCUAAGAUGGUUAGGGAUUUGAUUAACAAGAAAGCCAGGGGAAAACGUCCAGCUAUAGGUUAUUUCCCUAACGACAGCGACAGUGAUAGUGUCAGUGACAAUAGCGACGUUAGUGAUGGCAAUGAUAGCUACCUUGAAGACGGUAAUACCAACAUCACUGAGUUAAGUGAUAGUGAAUCCGAAUUUCCAACAUCCAAGUUUGCAGCGGCCUUGAUGGCCGAAGUCGAAGACGCACCAGGACCUGGAGACUGGGCGGACAAACUCGCGCAACCAGUCAUCAACAAAUACGCGAAAAAGGGGCCUCCGCAAAACGAUACAGAGUUGCAUUUGCCGCCGCACGCAGAAGAGGAGAAGGAACCAAGACCACAAAACAAACCCGCCACUCCACAGCCAGAGCACUACGAUCCUAAACAGUGGAAGGAUGUUGGCACUUCAUAUGAGAGUGAAGUAGACAGUAGAUUCGUUCGUACCGACCAGCUUCGCGAAGAGAUAGGGGUCAUGACUUGGGAGCAACAAGAGAAGGCCUUCCCGACGCUGAAGUCGAUUUUGGAGAUGGGGGAAGAAUACGGCCGAUGGGAACCGGGCUACUUGAACGUGGAGAAACCGGAUCCAACCCCAUGGGAUCCGGAUCUAAGGGAGCAAAAUGAGUCCAAGCCCGAUGCACAGCGACUCCCCUUAGAGGCAAACCUCGCUACUAAGAUCUCACUUGAAAGACUACGAGUGGGCUUUGAGCGGGCAGAGAUGAAUACCGAGUAUGUCCAAUACUCCCAGGUCCCGGCUAUUUUGCCAGCAAGGUUGAGCGACGAAGACAUGAUGCGCGGCCCUCUACCGACGCCCCCGGGAUUACCGUUGAAAGGGCCAUCCGGUCGGGUGAUAACGCUUAAACCAAAGCCAAAGGCUACUACGCCCGUACAACCCGUCCACACGAACCCGUAUUUGAAACAACCGCCACAGAAUCCUGUAGAUCCGGUAAACGUUCCCCUUGCUCAGUACCACUACCCUGUCGACUCGCCUGUCACUUCGACCUUCCAGUUCAACGAUGGCAAUGAUACGCCGGACGUGGUAAAGGAGGCUCCGGCUGCUACGCCUAUCACGGUAAUAUACCAGAAGGCAUCGGUGGCGAAACCUAAAGAACAGGCUCAGAAUGUGAGGUCAGGUAGGGAGGUCCGUUUCGCAGAUGAGAUACCGGCUCAGAAGCAAGCGCCGGAGCCAGAACAGCUACAAGAGCAACAACCGCAGCAACAGCAACCGCAGCAGCAAUUCUUGCCCACACUAGAGCCCGCACCACGCCCCCCACCGUCCCAAGCUUCAAUCACAUCAGACACACUACCACCACCCCCUCCCCAUUUCCCCUCCACCAUACCUCUAGAAUCCGAACCAGCGCCUCCCCCGCCCCCCAGCGACAACCCAAUCAGCACGAAAGACCCAUGGUGGCACUACUCAAGCAGCGACGUCGACACAGUGCUAUACCCAACCCUAACAGACCCGAACAUGCAGCCGCUCCAACUCCCUCCCCCCGCUAACACCACCACCCAACACGACACCUACAACGAGCAGCAGCUCCAGGACCAGAUCCUCUCCGAGAGCAGCCAAGCGAGCGCAAGCGUCGGCCGGACUCCGGCUUCGGGUCCCGGCUCGCUGCCUAAGACGAAAUUGCGCUCGGCGUUGCCGAAUAAGAGCUCGGAUGGCGUUGUUAAGAACGGUCGGAAGAAGAGACAUGUCCGGUUUGGGGGGACGCAGACUUUGACUUUUGGGGGGGAUAGAUAG